CCCGCCCUAAUCCCCGAAUGCACAAAAGCCUACCUCGUCACAAGCGGGACCUGCGACUCCGUCGCCGCCGCCAACGGACUCUCAACCGCCGCCUUCCAAGCGCUAAACCCGUCCAUCAACGCGGGCUGCUCCAACAUGUACUCAGGCUGCAACUACUGCGUCAGCAAAGCCGCAGCGCCCACAUGCCCCACGGACUACGCCGCGCAGUGCGACACCUUCUACACGGUCGUCUCGGGCGACAUCUGCACCAGCAUCGUGGCGCGGUACCCGGGGCUCAGCCUGAACAACUUCUACGCCUGGAACCCCGCGGUGCACAACCCGAGCUGCGACAACCUGCAGCCGAACUGCAAGUACUGCGUGCACGUGCCGAAUCCGACGGUGCCGGACCCGCAUCAGCCGAAUGUUCGUCAGGGUUGCAAGGAGUACUAUCAGGCGGUGGCGGGCGACUACUGCUAUAAGAUUGCGGUGGAGAAGGGGGUCAAUCUUAAUGACUUUAUGAGCUGGAAUCCGGAUGUGGGGCCGACGUGUUUGAAUAUGCUGGCGGGGUAUUGGUAUUGCUUGAGGAUUUGA